AUGUGUGUUCAUAUAUGUGUACCAGAAGAUUCCGUCAUGGCAUUUGUCAACACACGCUAUCCCCCGUCGCAAGAGAAAAUAUAAAUAAUCUAAACAAGAGAUAUUUCUAGAAAAGAAAGGAAAGGUUAAUACAACGCACAAACGAGACGGGCAUCCAUAAUACGAUAGGAAGAGAAAAGCGUUUUACUAUGCCAGUUUUGCCUUCGAAUUCGAAGCAUUUAUCAUCCCACGAUGCUUAUCCAACGAGGCCGGACAAGAACAACAUUGUGUUGAGCUAUCACGACUAUCUACUCAGGGCAUCGGAUGUUGCAUUACUGGAGAAAAAUGAUUGGCUGAACGACAUUAUAAUAGGAUUCUAUUUUGAAUAUCUGAAUCAACAGUAUAAGGACAGCCGGUUGUUAUUUAUCGGACCCGAAGUGGCUCAGCUGUUAAAAAUGCAGGAUUCGUCGCAGUACAACAUAUUUCUUGACCCUAUUGAAGCGACAAAUUACGACUUUGUAUUUUUCCCUCUAAAUGACUGUGAUAGCAACGAGGCAGGUGGCUCGCAUUGGAGUUUAUUGAUAUAUUCUCAUACAGAACAAAUGUGUUAUCACUUUGAUUCGUCAGGCGGCAUUAACGACUUCUCCGCGACAAAGCUCGCACGGAAAGUGACGAAAUACUUUCUUGAGAAACAGGAGAGAAAAUACACUGAAAUGAAGUGCCCGCAACAAAAUAAUAACUACGAUUGUGGUUUGUACGUUUUGUGUUUAGCAGAUGUAAUAUCUAGGCAUGCCAUAAGAAAUUCUAAAGUAAACGAGUGCGAUUGUAGUAUCGUUACGAAAAUGGUCCCGACAAAACGUACUGAUUUAUUAAAAUUAAUUUACGAAUUGAAAAAUACAUAUAACGCAUAACAAAGUUGCUAUAUUAUUUAUAUUAAUAGCAAUUCUGGUUACGACGUAUACAUAUGGUAUUAUGACUUGCUGAUAUAAACUUUACUAUUCCUGUAAAGAUAUUCCAUAAUUUUCCCCAUUAUUCUUGGUACUUAUAUCAUUUUGUGUAUUUGACAUUAAUAAAAAUAUCUCGGAUCUUUUCAUAAAAAUUUAUUUACGUAAAACCAGAUUUAUGAAAUUAAGAUUGAUGCUUGACAGGAGAAAAAAAUGUAAAAAAAGUUAUAUUGUAAUAACUGAAUGACACGCGCAACUAUGAAAUGCAACAUAAUUAGUUAUUAAAGUUCAUUUGAUUAAAUAAUGAUCAAUUUGGACAAAUUCAGUACAAAUGUGAGAUGUGACGCAUUACUAUAAGAGCGACUUAUUAAUUAUUAGCGGAUUUGAUUCCAAUCCUCAUCCUACAUAGUUGUCCUGUGCCUCGAUUUAUAAGAGGUUGCGGAAAGAAUAUAAGGUGGCUUAUUGUAAUGUAUUUUAGAAACAAUAAAACUGACAUGCUUAUACAAUA